AUGAAUAUCUCACAGCCGAUUGCUUCCUGCAUUGGAAGCGUAGACUUCGGCUUCCUCUCCUCCGAGGACAUCAGAGCCCUUUCUGUAAAGAAAGUCCAAAACCCUACGACAUUCGAUACCCUACUGCACCCCGUACCUGGAGGAUUAUAUGAUGCUGCCUUAGGCGCAUGGAGUGACAAUCCGUGCUCCACAUGCCACUUGAAUACCUAUUCUUGCCCCGGCCAUGUCGGUCAUAUCGAAUUACCCGCCCCGGUAUAUCAUGUCACUUUCAUGGAUCAGGUGUUGCGCUUAAUGAGAGCGCGAUGUGUUUACUGCGGACACCUAAAGCUACCUCGGACAGAGGUUGAUCGAUUUACAUGCAAGCUGAGGCUCAUAGAGCAUGGCUUGGUACAGGAAGUCGAAGAGCUGGAAAACAUUCACCUCAGAUCAACAGCAUCGAAGAUCAGAGGAAUGGAGGCAGACGGGGACAGUCAAGACUCCGAGGAAGAGGACGAGGAGACCCUCAAGCAGCGGAGGAACGAGUUUGUCACACGCGCAAUCAAGAAGAAAGGUGGCAGUAAAAGCAGAGUCGCGGCUGCGUCAGAAAAAAUUGAGGCUGUUGCUGAAGUCCGGCGAGCUAUAAUCAAGGAAUUCCUUGCCGCUAUCACAAAACCAAAGACAUGCGGGAAUUGUAAAGGUGUAUCGCCUGGCUGGCGCAAAGACAGAUACAGCAAGAUCUUCCGGAAGCCUCUGGCUAAGAGAGACAAAGCAAAGAUGGCGCAGGGUGGGUUCAAGGUAGUCAAUCCGCUCAUCAGGGCUGCAAAGGAGCGUAAAGAAGCACGAAAACAAAAACGCGAGGAGAGAGAUAUUGAUGAAGGGAUCGUCAUAGACUCCGACGAGAUUACUUCAGAAGAAGAGGGCGAGGACAUCGAUAUGCUGGAAGUUGAGACAGAGACAGCGCCUACUGCAGUUCUGGAGGAGUCCGCAGCCUUGAAACCGAGCAAGAUCAAAGUGAAGGACGUUGGAUCCGAUCAGUAUGUUAGCGCUAUGGAGAUACAAGCUUCUGUCUCGGAGCUCUUCCAUAAGGAAAGGGAACUCAUGGAGCUUGUGUACAACCAUAAAGCGGCAAAAAGUACUGAUCCGAUCUCUGCGGAUAUGUUCUUUAUAAAAACCGUCCUCGUGCCACCGAACAAAUACCGGCCCGAGGCGAAGACAGGCGAUGGCGAGAUUGCUGAAGCUCAGGAGAAUCAGCUGUAUAAAAACAUUCUUACAUCCUGCGAGCUCCUAAGUCAGAUCAGCAAGGAGAUAGAUGAUCUUUCUGCGCGAGACCCUAGGUACAAAGAACGUGACAUGGUAGACCUUCAGAACGCAUGGGUGCGGGUGCAGGAAGCUGUCAAUUCCCUGAUUGAUAGUGAUCGAAAUCCCAUUCAAGGUGCUGCUGCAAAGCAGAAUGCCGAUGGUAUCAAACAGAAGCUCGAGAAGAAGGAAGGUUUAUUCAGGAAGAACAUGAUGGGGAAGAGAGUCAAUUUCGCUGCCAGAAGUGUCAUCUCUCCAGACCCUAAUAUCGAAACCAACGAGAUCGGAGUCCCUCCUGUGUUCGCGAAGAAGUUGACUUAUCCGGAACCAGUAACGAAUCACAAUUUUUAUGAGCUCAAAGAGGCCGUCCUCAACGGCGUUGACAAGUGGCCGGGUGCUGCUGCUAUUGAGAACGAAAACGGUCAGGUCAUCAAUCUUCGGACCAAGAACUUCGAAGAACGGCAAGCUUUGGCAAAUCAGCUCCUGGCUCCGUCAAAUGCAAGUGUCACUGGCGCAAGAAACAAGAAAGUCCACAGGCAUCUGAACAAUGGAGAUAUCGUCUUGAUGAAUCGGCAACCUACCCUGCACAAACCUUCCAUCAUGGCUCAUCGUGCUCGUGUUCUACCGGGGGAGAAGACUAUCCGCAUGCAUUACGCUAAUUGCAACACCUAUAAUGCUGAUUUCGAUGGUGAUGAGAUGAACAUGCAUUUUCCGCAGAACGAAAUUGCAAGAGCAGAAGCCCUACAGAUAGCGGACACAGAUCAUCAAUACCUCGCUGCAACGGCAGGCAAACCGCUAAGAGGUCUUAUCCAGGAUCACAUCUCCAUGGGCCUAUGGCUGACCAAUCGAGACACUUUCUUUGAUCGUGAAGACUACUAUCAACUUCUUUACGGCUGUUUGAGACCAGAGGAUAGCCAAAUGGCGUCAGACAGAAUCCAAACCGUCUCUCCAGCAAUUGUGAAGCCCCGAGCUCUGUGGACGGGAAAGCAGAUCAUCACCACCGUCUUGAAGAACGUUACGCCCAUCACUCAUCCUGGUUUAACACUUCUCGGAAAGUCAAAAACUGAGGAGGACCGAUGGGGAGAAGGGUCGGAAGAGGACAAAGUUAUUAUCAAGAGCGGAGAACUGUUGUGCGGCAUUUUAGAUAAGGCUCAUCUUGGGCCCACUGGAGGGGGUUUCAUUCACGCAGUAUACGAAGCGUACGGACACACGAUCGCUGGAAAGCUCCUCAGCAUUCUCGGAAGGCUUCUGACCCGGUUACUGAAUAUGCGAGCAUUCUCGUGCGGCAUAGAGGAUCUGUUGCUGACCGAAAACGGCGAGAAGACACGUCGCAAGCAGCUGCAAGCGGCGAACACGAUCGGCCUGGAAGUUGCUGCCAAAUACGUGACUCUCGACGGAAGCACAAAAGCCAAUGACAAUGAGCUAAGACUCCGUCUUGAGGAUGUGAUGCGUGAUGAGGAGAAGCAGACAGGUCUAGAUCAAGUCUGUAACUCACAGACUGCGAAGUUGUCCAGUGCCAUCACAGCGGCUUGUUUGCCAAGUGGACUGCAGAAACCAUUUCCUCGAAACCAAAUGCAAGCGAUGACAGUAUCGGGGGCAAAAGGUACUUCGGUCAAUGCAAAUCUCAUUUCUUGCAAUCUGGGGCAGCAGGUACUGGAAGGCAAAAGGGUUCCCGUCAUGGUUAGUGGUAAAACCUUGCCAUCCUUCAAGCCCUUCGAGACAAAUGUGCGAGCAGGUGGGUACAUCACCGACCGUUUCCUCACAGGGGUCAAACCGCAGGAGUACUUCUUCCAUGCUAUGGCUGGCCGCGAAGGAUUGAUCGACACUGCUGUUAAAACCUCAAGGUCAGGCUACCUCCAGCGCUGUCUGAUCAAAGGAAUGGAAGGCCUCAAGUCGGAAUAUGAUAGCUCAGUCAGGGAUUCUGACGGCAGCAUGAUUCAAUUUUUGUACGGAGAAGAUGGACUCGAUGUAACCAAGCAGAACCACCUCACAGACUUUAAGUUUCUAGCUGAGAAUUACCUCUCGCUCGUCGCGCAGCUCAACAUAAAAGAAGAAUAUGCUAAGCUUCCGGACAAGGGAGCAGCCGAGUAUCACAAGACUGCCAUGAAGAAGGUCAAGAAAAGCGGCAGAAUCAAUGUUGUGGACCCUUGUCUUGCGCUCUUCGACCCGGGAAGCUCUCUCGGUAGUACAUCAGAGAGCUUUGCAACGGCUUUGAAGAAGUAUUGCGACGCGAAUCCAGAGAAUCUGCUCAAAGACAAGAAGAAAGCUCCCGAAGCACCAAUAUCGAAGAAGACAUUUGCUGCAUUAGUCGAUAUCAAGUACCUGAAGUCCGUCAUCGAGCCUGGUGAAGCAGUGGGCGUUGUUGCUGGACAAUCAAUUGGCGAACCUUCGACCCAAAUGACGCUCAACACUUUUCAUUUGGCUGGACAUUCUGCGAAGAACGUUACAUUAGGUAUUCCACGGCUCCGCGAAAUUGUCAUGACUGCCAGCAGAUCGAUCUCUACACCGCGUAUGACUCUGCAUUUGAUCCCAGAAAUUGAUGAAGAUGCUGGUCACAGAUUUGCGAAAGGGAUCUCGAAGCUUACGAUGGCAGAAGUCAUCGACGAAGUCAGCGUCAACGAGUCUAUUGGAGAAGGUAUAGGGUUUGCAAGGGCGAAGAUCUACAAUGUCCGACUCGAUUUCUUUCCCGCCAAAGAGUAUUGCGAAACCUAUGCCAUCUCCCCCGUCGAUGUUUUGCGCACGAUCGAGAUCAAAUUCAUACCCCUGCUGUCCAAGCUGAUUAAGAAGGAGCUCACCCGGAAAGGCGAUGCCAAGCUGCUCAAGCACAGCGCUGCUCAACCCGAAGUUGGCAAGUCCUCAGGCGUCGUGGAGGAGGCUCCCGCAAGAGCAGAAGCAGACCUUGAGGGUGGUGAGGAUGAUGAAGAUGACGACGGGGAUGAUGAUGCAACCAACAACAAGCAGAAGCAAAAUCGCACCGAGGCCAUCUCUUAUGAGGCGCCAGAUGAAGGCGAAGAAGCAAUCGGAAGAGAAGCACAACGAAGAGCAACACCAGAAAUGCCAGACGAGAUGGAGGACGAAGGCUUUGUUGGAAGCCCGCGCGAAUCGCAAGCUGAAGUCAGGAGCCAGGCAGAUGAAGAUGACAGCGAAGACGAAGGGAAGAGAAGGGACAUGGCUAAAGCACGACUGUCAAGGAUCCAGGAGAAGAGCUCGGACGUGACGCAGUUCAGCUUCGAUGAUCACGCAGCCCAGUGGUGCGAAAUUCAAUUCGAAUAUGAUGUCUCAACCGCUAAAUUGCUCCUCCUCCCUUUGGUCGAAAACGCCUGCCAUAACGCUGUCAUCCAAGCCAUUCCCGGUCUGGGAACCUGCACCUACACACAUGACGAGGGCAGAGACCCGGCGACGGGCGAGAAAAUCAAGGUCCCCAUCGUCAUAACCGAUGGCGUCAACCUUCCCGCCAUGCACGAAUACCAAUCCAUCCUCGACCCGCACCGCAUUUUCACCAACGACAUCGCGGCCAUGCUCGACCAUUAUGGCGUCGAAGCCUGCCGUGCAACCAUCAUCCGGGAAAUGGACGGCAUUUUCAAAGGCCACGGUAUCAGCGUCGACAUGCGGCAUUUGAACCUGAUCGCAGAUGUCAUGACAAGGGGUGGCGGUUUUACGCCGUUUAAUCGCACGGGAUUGAAGAGUAGUGUUAGUCCAUUCAUGAAGAUGAGCUUCGAGACUACUUUGGGGUUUUUGAAGGAUGCCGUGCUCGAGAAUGAUUGGGAUGAUCUGAAGAAUCCGAGUGCGAGGAUUGUGAUGGGGAAGGUGGGAAGGGUGGGGACGGGGGCAUUUGAUGUGUUGAUGCCUGUCGAGCAGUAA